AUGAACAAAUUAAUUGAAAUUAAAGAUUUCAGUACAAUUUGUCGUAUUUGUUUAUUUAUUAAUGAUAAAAUGCUUUCAAUUACAACAUUAGAAAUAAUAAAUAUGCUUGAAGCGUGUGCUUCAAUCGAAGUAUUAAAGGGCAAUAAUUAUCAAAAAAGCAUCGAAGAAAAAUUACCCCAACAAAUUUGUGAUAAAUGCUAUUUACAAUUAAAAAAUGCAUACGAAUUCCAAGCGCAAUGUCGAAAUUCAAUAAAAACUCUUUAUAAUAUUCUCUUGAAACAUAACCCGCACACACCAAUGAGUUCCAACGAAGAAUUUAAUGGUACGAGUGUUCAAAUAUUAGAAAAUGUUUGUAACUCUUUAACAAGUUUAGAAAAUUUCGAUAACAUACCAAAUUCACCACAAUCAACUUUAGAAUUCUAUGACGAUGAUGAAAACUCGAAAUCAUCUUCGAAUAGUAUUAAAUUAGAGAAUGGAGAAUUUCAUGAAGAAGAGGAAAUUAAAGAAAAUGAAACAAAUCCAUCCCGACAAAAAUCGGUUGCGGAUUUACUAAUAAAAAAAUAUAAUAUCUACGGAUUAACAUGUAAUAUUUGUCAGAAGGAUUUAAGUAAUCGAUUCUCAAUGUUACGCCACAUGGAAGUACACGAUCAAAAUCGAUCCUUAAAAUAUCAUUGUAAGACUUGUAACAAAGGAUUCUAUGCAGCGGAAAAUUUAAAAAAACAUGAGAUUCGUCAUUUAGGUAAAACAAAGUACCAAUGUGAUAAAUGUCCGAAGCGAUUUUAUGUGUUAAGUGCUUUGGGGGUGCAUUGUAAGUCUAGUCACAAAGCGAAACCAAUCACUUGCACUCAAUGCUCUCAACAAUUCUAUCAUCAAUUACAAAUCGAACAACACAUGCAAACUCAUGAAGAGAAGAAAUUUGUUUGUGAAGAUUGUGGAAAAAUUUUCCCAACACGUAAUCGUUUAACAAAACAUAAAAAAAUCCAUUCGGAUGAACGACCCUACAAAUGUCCAAUAUGUACGAGAGGUUUUAAACAGAAAUUCGAUUUAACAAAUCACGUUAAAUAUCGUCAUGAAGAAUCCGAUCGUCGUGAAAUAUGUAAUAUUUGUGGGAAAUUAUUACAUCCGGGUAGUUUACGUGCACACUUAGAGACACAUAAUACGGAUACAAUUUACAAGUGUGAACAAUGUGGUAAGAUUUAUGCGAAUCGAAUUAUUUUAGGUAAACAUAUUAAUCAAAAACAUAAAAUGAUUGAUUUAAUGAAGAAAUAUUUAUGUAAAGUAUGUAAUAAAGCGUUGGAAAGUGAUGAGAAUCUUAAACGGCAUAUGUUAGUUGUGCAUGCGCGUUAUAAACGUAAAGAAUGUCAUAUUUGUGGUAAAACGUAUAAAUCGAAAAAGGGUUUAAAUGUACAUAUACAAAGUGCACAUAUGGAUGUAAGGCCACAUUUAUGUCAGACAUGUAAUAAGGCAUUUCAUACAAAAGCACGUUUACAGAAUCAUAUGAGAUCUCAUACCGGGGAACGGCCGUUUUCGUGUUCAAUAUGUGGUAAGGCGUUUGGAUUUAAACAAGUGUUAAAAACACAUAUGAACAUUCAUUCAAAAUAAUUGGGAAUUUUAUUUAAUUUGCGAAAAGCUUAGUAGAGGAUUUAAU